UUGAUUUGUUGAUUUGUAAAUUUGCGUAUUCUCAUUUAUUUCAAGAAAAAUUAUUAAUUCUCAUAAUGAUAUAUCAUGCUGAAUAAAAUGACCAAUUUGGCGUAUUCAUAUUGUGAAGAGACAUCAUUCUUCGACACACCCUAUACCUUUGAACAAAAUUUUACCCCAUCAACCACUUUCGAUCUAUUUUUUGAAUCACACGAUGGUAUUAUUUCACAAGCUUUAGAAUCAACUUUCCCAUUUUCAGACGAUGAAAAUGCUUUUAACGAUAUUUUGCUAUCCACGUCACCUAUCAAUAAUUACCACGCGGAAAAUAAAACUCGCAAAAGGAAUACUAGCUCAUCCUCGAUUCUUUCCCUCUCACUCGGUUCCCCCACCUUUUUUAACACGACGGGCGUAAACAAAUACGAUCAUCAUCAAAUCGAACAUUUCGAGAAAUUUUUCGAUUUUAAAUGCCUGAGCAAUGUGGGAGAUUGCAAUGGUAAGAAAAACGGGGAUAGUAGUGAACGAAGAAACGACGAAGUAUAUAGCGAAGUCGAUGAUAGCACCAAUGAUUUCCAAAAAUUUGACAUAUCCCAAUUGCUGAUGCAAUUCGAAAAUGACCACAAUGGCAAUAACUCGCGCAAAAAGGAAGAAGAAAUUAUAUCUCUUCAAUUGGACCUCGAAAAUUAUCUUUCUUCGAAUUGCGAUAUCUUUUCGGCUUGUAGUAGCAUUAACAUCGACGAAAAUAGUAAAUUUGAAUCUAAAAAUUCUUCUUCCGCUUCUUCCCAGGAUUCCUACAUGUCCUUAGUUAAUAAUGAUGCGGUAUUAAAUUCGUCAGGUGCUUCUAAAUCUAUUAAAAAGGAGAACUCGAAAGGCGUUGUUAACAUCGAUAAAAUGAAUAUUGUCGCUCCAAACCCAUCUCUAGUCAUUGAUAGCAAAACGGGAAAAGUCAACUUGGAAGGAAUUACAAAGACUAAAAUAGUCCAAAAUAUCGAUAACGUUCAAGCGGACACCAAAAAAAAUCCGAAAUGUAAUCACGUUGAUCACGACUAUUGCAUAAAUUCUGGAGGUAGAGAAAAUUAUACGGUUAUUAACCAUUCCACAAAAGUGGAAUAUGCCAACGGUGCUUCUUCUUACAACACUAACACUUCUCAAAAGUCUGUGUACAAUGCAUCAUUUAACAAUAACACAAAAAUAGGUUUCGGGAAGCUUAAAUCUAACCUUUUAAACAUGACUAAGAACUUACCAACGCUUUUGCCUAAAAAAAUUAACAGUCCUACUUCAAACUACUUUGGAAAUUCUACGCCGGGUAGCAUUUGCCAUGACGGUAUGCGUGAUAGCGACGAAAAAACUGAUAAGCCCACCAAAUGCAACAGUAAAAUAUCGCUCCUCAAUUGGUCUAGCCACAUCAACCUAAACAAUUCUGAUUUCGGCAAAAAGAGUUUCGUAUCCUUACUUUUUAACGCUGGGACAUUUGCCAAACAAAAUCUAUCGAGCAAGACAGAAGGAAUCGGCGCAUACAAUCAUAAUCACAGGAAACGGCAGAUUUCGAAUAGCAUGGCCUGUGAUGCCACCCUAUCCGGGAAAAAAUUUUCCUCUCAACGCUUAGCAAAUAUUAAUGGCAAGCAAGAUGGAUCAGCCAUCAUCACUAUAAGUGACAAUAUGGGCAAAGUUCUCGUUUUGAACAACAAGGACGAUACAACUAAUGUCAUAGCUAAUAUUAAGCCUGACCCUACCAUCUACACUAUAUACAAAAAAUCUUGCAAUCAAAGUGACUCAAAUAGUAAUUGUUCGAACGUAGCAGCUUCCCUGUUUUCAACUUGGAACGAUAUUACAUUGCCUGACUAUAAUGUUGAUACCCUUACACAAAAUUAUGUCCAAGCAAAUUCGCAACAAGCCACGCUUCAAAUAACUCCGCCUCAUAAAGAUGACGCUAAAAUUGUAGAAAAUCAAAAGCAAGAAGAGGCUAUUGUAAAGGUUCAUCCUUUAAAAGUGGAAACGAGUUUAACGGAACUAAAAGGCCUGUUUAAAAAAUUCGGUCCUAUCAAAAAUAUCGAAAUCAUUAACGAUGCCGCAUUCAUAACCUACACAAAUCAUAGGGAUGCCACAACAGCUAUCAGAAGAGGAAAACAUAUUUCAGGGUAUACAAAAUUCACCGUUUCUUUGUUUUGCCCCCAAGAUGAUUCGACUCACUGUGGCGUUAAAAGUGUGACAAGCGAUUCUUUUCAACUCGAUAGCGGUAAAAAUUUUCUACCGCCAAAUAACCCUGUUCCCACUUCCUCGCUCACUUUUAUAACAGACGAUAUCACUACUAUAUCCCCUUCAAAAUCACUGCACGAGGAACCCAAUAAGACAAACCUUUCUCACGAUGAUUCAAGUCCAGUUAAAAACAACAAAAAUAAACCACCCAUAUCCAAUUUUAGGUAUGCAACGCGGCACAGUAAUAUCAACAACAUUUUGAUAUGCCAAUAAAAAUUUGAAUAAAAAAAAUAAAUUCCCAAUUCCUAUUAUAUGUAACAUUUGUUUCAGAAAUAUAUUAUAUGUUUUUCUUUGUUUUUUUUAGCAUUUAUUAUUAUUUAGCGAUAUUUCCUAUUCCUUCCAGCUAAUUUUUUUUUUGUUAUGCCAAAGAUAUAAGGAUAAUUUUAGUUUAAAAUUAUUAAAUGCAUGAGAAAUAUAACUAUUAUUUCAUCGAUGCGCUUGGCAAUAUUAGCGCAAUUUCAAUAAGCAAUUUGUUUCCCUUUAUUUUUUUGUUUCAUUUUUUUAUACAAACUUGUGAUAUAUUUUGCAGUUAGCCUAAUUGAUUUUUUUUUCAAUAUAUUUUUUUAAAGGUUAGUUUAAUAAUUUUAGCAUAUUUUAAAAAAAUAUUAAUUAUGAGACAAAAUAUGCUACACAUGUUUAAAUUAUCAAAAUUUUUAUUUUACGGGGUCAUCUCUUAUAUUAAUCAAACACAAUCCCUCCUUCCAUAUUAUGUAUAUUUUUAAUGUUUAUAUAUUAUGACUGUCAGCGAUAAUUAUACCUCAUCUAAAAAAUUUAUAUUUUAUUCAUUUAUACUAGAAUUCUAU